UUUUGGAAGCGUUUGAUGCUUUUCCCAUUGUGAUUGUCCGUGUGUUGCGCGAGCUCGUGCGCGAUUUCUUGUGUGGAGUGUUUGUGUUGGAAGAAAAAAGUGUAUGUGUACCAUUGGUAUUAGAAUGACGCUCGCAGGAGGGGUGUCACAUCGCGGUGGAGGGGGCAAGCGGCCCCCUCCCCUCCCUUAUCACGCGGCGGCAACGCUCAGUCGUCGGCGAGCCGCUGUUCAUGCAGCUUCGGGGAGUGUCGCAGCCGCUAACAUGAAACUACGCGAGCGGCUAGUGAUCGGCGCGAGUAUCAGCAUCGUGCUGUUCACACUAGCGCUAGUCGUAGACCUACAACUGGACUUGGGGAUGAGUGGACAGCACCUGGCUCCAUCGCACGGCAGGAUCAAGUACGGUGGUGCGCCCGCUCCUCAGUACGCGGCGAUCAAGGUGGAGCCCCCGGACCCGGUGAAGGGGUCGCUAGACACCACGGAGGAUGUGAAGGUCCUGGAACCCCACGACUCCUUCGGCGAUCUCCAGGCGGCGCUGGCGGGCAAGGACAGCGGGGCCCAGGAGGUGAUCGGGAGGACGGAGAAGGGAUGGGUUGAGAGGAUGAACAAACACACGUUCAAGGAGGUCUACCGACUAGAGGAGAGGCCUAACAUCACCCUGCUGCAGAAGUUCCACAUGAGAAUAGCCAAGAGACAGAUGUACGAUGACAAGGAUCCUGUAUUGAAUGAACUUCUGCAAGAUGUAGGAAAAUUACAAAAGUUCUUGUUUGUUUACAGGCCUAACAUCACCCUGCUGCAGAAGUUCCACAUGGGAAUAGCCAAGAGACAGAUGCCUAACAUCACCUUGCUGCAGAAGUUCCACAUGAGAAUAGCCAAGAGACAGAUGUACGAUGACAAGGAUCCUGUAUUGAAUGAACUUCUGCCUAACAUCACCCUGCUGCAGAAGUUCCACAUGGGAAUAGCCAAGAGACAGAUGCCUAACAUCACCUUGCUGCAGAAGUUCCACAUGAGAAUAGCCAAGAGACAGAUGUACGAUGACAAGGAUCCUGUAUUGAAUGAACUUCUGCCUAACAUCACCCUGCUGCAGAAGUUCCACAUGGGAAUAGCCAAGAGACAGAUGCCUAACAUCACCCUGCUGCAGAAGUUCCACAUGAGAAUAGCCAAGAGACAGAUGUACGAUGACAAGGAUCCUGUAUUGAAUGAACUUCUGCAAGAUGUAGGAAAAUUACAAAAGUUCUUGUUUGUUUACAGGCCUAACAUCACCCUGCUGCAGAAGUUCCACAUGGGAAUAGCCAAGAGACAGAUGCCUAACAUCACCUUGCUGCAGAAGUUCCACAUGAGAAUAGCCAAGAGACAGAUGUACGAUGACAAGGAUCCUGUAUUGAAUGAACUUCUGCCUAACAUCACCCUGCUGCAGAAGUUCCACAUGGGAAUAGCCAAGAGACAGAUGCCUAACAUCACCUUGCUGCAGAAGUUCCACAUGAGAAUAGCCAAGAGAAAGAUGUACGAUGACAAGGAUCCUGUAUUGAAUGAACUUCUGCCUAACAUCACCCUGCUGCAGAAGUUCCACAUGGGAAUAGCCAAGAGACAGAUGUACGAUGACAAGGAUCCUGUAUUGAAUGAACUUCUGCCUAACAUCACCCUGCUGCAGAAGUUCCACAUGGGAAUAGCCAAGAGACAGAUGUACGAUGACAAGGAUCCUGUAGUGAAUGAACUUCUGCAAGAUAUGGGAACACGACCGAUCGUCCACGUUAGUCAAAAAGAAGGCGGAACUCAAAUAAAACUAGUGAUAGACUACGACAACAGUGAGCAGGCACUCUUCAAGCCAAUGAGAUUUCCAAGAGAGCAGCAGACUUUACCGAACCACUUUUACUUCACAGACUUCGAGAGACACACUGCGGAAAUUGCAGCAUUCCACUUGGACAGACUACUAGGGUUCCGCAGAGCAAUGCCAGUGACAGGGCGAACUCUCAACAUGACCACGGAGAUUUACGAUAUCGCCGAUGGAGAACUGCUGAAAACCUUCUUCAUUUCUCCGUCAAACAACAUGUGCUUCCAUGGCAGAUGUUCGUACUACUGUGACACAAGCCACGCGGUGUGUGGCAACCCUGAUAUGUUGGAGGGGAGUUUUGCAGCUUUUCUCCCUCCAAAAGAGACGGCCCCUCGCAAGAUCUGGAGGCAUCCUUGGAGAAGGAGCUACCACAAGCGGCGGAAAGCCCAGUGGGAACAAGAGUCAGACUACUGCAACCUGGUGAAGGAGAUCGCACCAUACGACCGUGGGCCGAGGCUCUACGACAUCAUGGACAUGGCGGUCCUUGACUUCCUGAUGGGCAACAUGGACCGUCAUCAUUACGAGACAUUCCGAGCGUUUGACAACGACACCUUUCCCCUCCACCUGGACCACGGUCGAGGUUUCGGUCGACCUUUCCACGACGAACUGAGCAUUCUUGCCCCACUCCUGCAGUGUUGUAUGAUACGAGAUACGACGCUGGCGACGUUACUGAAGUACCACAACGGGCCGGUUACGCUGAGUGAGGCAAUGCGAACAGCAAUGCUGCGAGACCCAGUGAACCCAGUGUUGUGGGAGCCUCAUCUUACAGCACUAGACCGCCGGGUCGUCAUCAUCCUCAAGGCUGUGCGAGACUGUGUAGAAUCUGCCAGAGAGAUGGCCAACGGAGCAGACGAAGAAAGCGCACCUGCGGAAUCCUAGCAUCGCAAAACUCGGAUAAACACUUCUGCAUCAUGAGCAGCCCCAGUAGAAUGGAAAUUGUGAAUUUUCAUUCAAAAAGUCCACUGGGAAAACGUUUAGAUUUUCCAACAUGGAAUUUCAGCAGUUACGGCGUAACAAUAAUGAUUAGCUUUUUACUUCCUAUCAGUGGACCUCAAGAUUGACUGGGUGUUUGUAAGUUGGACUAAAACUGCGGUCGUUAACAUGUGAUAAAAUGGGUUAUGAUUUAUGUGACUAAGUUUUACGUCAGAGGUUUGCUUUGUAAUUUAUUUAAGUCACGGAACCAAGGUCUAAGGUAAAAUAUUUGGCAGCUUCAUUGCUGAGUUUGACAAGCUUUAGCUGGACUAGCAACGUUUUUCUAAAUAAGAGUCUUUCUUUAACUAAAAUGUGUUGGUUCUAGCACCAUUGGAUAAAUCCCUGCAAAAGAGUUGGAUUUCUCUACCAUAAUACCUUUCAGUUUGUAAAUAUUCAAUGACUGAAAUGUUACGGUUGAAUACAAAAUAUUUUCAGAGCCUGAAUGAUAUUACAAUCGUGUCUCAGAAUAAGUGACUUUAUUAUAGUAAUGUAAUAUACUAUUGCAUCAAUAGUCAUUAUUCCAAAUUACAUAGUAAAAUAAAGAUAGGCUACUUUUUUACGGUUAUACGUGACAACUUGGUUGUUAGCCAAGAUCGGAUUACACAACUAACAUUCCAUUUGCUGAAUCUAGAUUUAAAUGUCUUUCCUUGUAAAGCCCUUCAAUUGUCAGGAAAAAAUAAAUUUUUUUUAAAUAGGAAAACCAUUCGCUAUCUGUCAUCAAAACAAAUGAAAAUACACUUACUCAACAAAUAAUUAAAGUUAUUGAAUCAUUGCCAAAUCAUAGUAGAACUCCAACUAUAUGCAUCAAUUGGGACCGUCACCCAAUUGGAUGGUAAAGAAAACAAUUCUGAUAGUUUUUAUUUUUACUGAAAUUUGGUAUAUUUUACAGAAAAUAGGCUGGGUCAAACUGAGCUUUACAAUUGUGUUCGUAGAUCACAUCUACAAAGAUUCAUCCAACAAAAAUUCUCGUUUCGCUCCGAUUGCGAAGGGUGACUGAUUUUCCCUAACAGGGAUGUAUGUCUCCAAGACCGAGGAAUAUAUUGAAGAUUUUGCUCAAAUAGUUUCCAUGACCGCAGGAGACUAUGAUGAUGUCUACACGAUUCUGGGGUAUAUUUUAAAUUUAGUCACAAUUAGAACACGAUGAUGACAUUUUGCGUGACUGCGGGGGACGAUGAUUAUGUCUACACAAGAGUGUUUUGAUUUUGCCGCGAUCACGGCUUCUACCUCCUUUAACAACGAUUUUCAUAACAAACUGUGGUUUUAAUUUUUUUUAUUCUUUCUGUAAGCGAUUUGAAUGAUCAGCGAUUUGGAUAGUUGGUGUUUGUGUUAUUGGAGUUCUACUAUGCAGCCAAAAUGAGCUUUUAGAAUCUAUCUCAAUACAAUACUUUUAAACCAAUCCAUCCCCUUUGUAUCAAAAAACUCAAAUCCUCCCGCCAAAUUUUUUUCAUAAUUAUUAUAAUUAAAAGGAAGGCUGGUUUUUCAUACAGUUAUUUUGGAAGAACUCGCUGAUUGUUAAGUGUAAGUAUCCUUUUCCUAGCACAAAAAUACUUUAAUUUUUGCAUUUUCAAAGUUGCCUUAUAUAUACUGUGGAGUUUUCAAGUAAAAUGUUUGUACUUUAACUGUAAUAACAUUUAUGAAACUUUUACCUAUGGAUAAAAUUUAUUUUCAAACUAUUUCAAGUUCAUAAUUUAUAUUCUGUUAAAUUUCUUACUUGCUUAUACAUACUACUAUCAGUUUGAUUUUUUUAUUUAUUUUACAACUAUAUUAUUCACAAUCAAUUCAGCACAAUCAAAUAUUUUUUGUUUACUGGUUUUAGGAUACGACUACCACAUAUCAUUAAUGCUAAGACUGUAUAUUCUAAGUAUGUUAGUAGUAGAAUAUUUAUUAAGCUGUUAACGGGGUUGUAUGUUACUGAAAGUUGUUACUUGUUAAAUUUAGUGAUGUGCGUAUCGAUACAAGGACCGCAAAAUAUCGAUAUUUUGUAUCGAUACGUGGGAGUGUAUCGUUAUGCCCGUAUCGAUACACCUAUAGCCAAUAUCGUAUUGCUUAUUUAUUGAUAUAAAUCUUAUUUUUAUGGUAAGAAAUUUGUCUUCCCAUCUUCCUCCCCUCAAAAGAAGUAUUGGAAAUUUGAUAUUUUACCCUAAUCUUCAAAAACACUGAUAAAACAUGUAUUUUCAGCUAUGUAUUGCAAAUAACCUCAAAACUAGGGCCACCAUUAAUGGAAGUGGGGACCCUCAUUGUCCAUCUUUAUACUAUUUAAUGUGUAAGUGGCAUACCCACCAUCAUUAUUAGUACUUUUUGGUCCAAUUAAUUAUCCCUGUGUAAAAACUAGGAAAACAAUAACAAAAUGUUUUCCAAUUUGAGGGUUUACCGGAAUUUGGAGGCUAUGUAUGUAUGUUUGAUACUGUACAAAUAAAAAGACACAGGAAGGUCUUAUAAUAUAAUAAGUUAUUAAUAACCUAUUACCUGUAUAACCCUCUUUACAAGCUUGUAAGUAACAUAGUAUUUGUCUAUGCAGCUUGUAUAUUUGAGAUAUUUAAUUUUUUUAUAUAAAUUAUAAAUAAACAAUACGAUAGGAUAUUUUAUCCGAUACAGAUAAAAAUCGAUACAUGAGGAUACGAUACGAUACACGUAUCGAUACACCACGUUCCGAUACGUAUCAAUACGCAGUAUCGAUACAUUGACCCGUAUCGCCCAUCACUAGUUAAAUUUAUAUCAAUAAGGAUUAUUGUGUGAUGUGUUUUGUACUAAUUAUGGCAACUAUUUUCAGACUAAGCUAUGGUGUAUUUUACGUAGUGAAUAUUUUAAAGAUGUAGACAAAUUGUAAAACCACGCUGUCUUAAAACUAAACAAUGUUGAACUAUUUUUGUUGACAGUUUUGAUCAGCUAUAUUAUUUUGUGCAACCUCUUGGUGUGCUUUUGAAGGUACAGUAGAUCCUCUUUAAUCCGAACUAAUUGGGACCGGGGGUAGUUUGGACUUUUGAAUACUUCAGAUUACAGAACAUAUUGUUGUCUUUACAUAACAAUAGCUAAAACAAGGCUAAAAUGAAUCGUAAUUGUUACGAGAAAAGUUAAAAAAAUGCUUUAUAAAGUAAAAUACAGUGUAAGUUUAAUACAGUAGUAAACAUAGUGAAUAAACAGUACUGUACAUUAAAUACAGUAUACAAUAUAGAACUACUGUACUGUGUAUAAAGUACAGAAAUGAGGUGUUCGGAUUAGUGGACGUUCAGACUACGGGGGUUCGGAUUAAAGAGGUUCUACUGUAUAAUGUUGGUUAGUAAUAUGAAAAGUGUAAUAAAUUUAAAGUUUUUUUUAAUUUUUGUUGUUAGUAUUUAAAAUGCACAUUUUAAGACAGUCGGAUAGUCAUUUUAUAGUCAAUCACAAUCGUUUCGUCCUGAUUUUAACUGUAAUGACCAGUUUUUUUUUUGUAUUUUUAUGAUACUAUAUUAUUAACAAAACUUGGGUGUUUUUUGCAACUUAAUCCAAUUAUUAACCUUAAACCUUUAAAUUGUUCCUUACAUUUUAUAUCCUGUUGUAAGGCAGUCUAUAGAAUGAUUUUCAAGUUCAAAAGUUUUAACACAAAGGUUUCAUCAAGUAAAUUUCAGCUAUGUUCACGUUUUAAGCUUAUAACAAAAACAUUAUGUUGUUUACAAACUAAUCUAUUAUUUAAAUAACAUUGAAAUGUAAAAUUGUAUUUAGAAUUAAGUUUAGCUACAUCUUUAGUAUGAAAAUGCUUAACAGAAUCCAGUUUUAAAUAGUUAAAAGAAGCACCAUUGGUUACCAACCCUAAUAGACCUGACUGAGCAUACAUUUUUUCAAACUUUUUUUAUAAAAAGUGAAAGUGAAAUAUUUUUGUUUCAACUCAGUCACGUCUGUGGGUAGAUCUCCCAGCCGUGCCAUUGUUACCUUAUAUUGUAAAUAACUCGAUGUAAAUAUUGUAACUCUAGUCAUAAUGGCCAAUUUGUACAGAAUCGAAUAUAAAAUUUAAAUAAAGGUUACUUUUUCAAUAA